CCUGUUGACGCCGACAAGCGGCUCUGUCACAAUUUGGGAGGGAUUGAAUCAAACCAAGUGAAGAUAAAGCGGACAUAAAGAGUCUGUCCGCUUCACAGACAACAGUUAGUAAUCUCGGAGUAGCUUUACACCGCACAGACUCGUGUGUCUCAAAGUGAAAGCGCUUUAAAACUUCGCUUAAGUGACGUUUCGAUACAGUUUUUUUCUCCGCGUUUCCUCUCUUUUAUUGUAGCCCGGCUUUGUCACAAUGGUGUGAACUGGAGGACUUUGGUAGGAAGCAACAUUUCCAGAAAUGCCCCAACAUAAUAUGGAGAGCUCCAGGAGCCAGUGGCAACAGGGGCUGCGGUCGCCGUGGAUCAACAGAGUGGCUUGUCAAAGUCCCGCCUCCUCAGGGGCAGAGUCAGACACAGAGAGUAGCAGCACGGAGAGCGAGAAGUCCUGUAUUAAAAAGUUGGAGGUGGGCUCACUAAGGAUUCUGCCAUCGCCAUCAAUGCUCCAACAACGAAUCACAGAGCUUGACCAACAGAAGGAGGAGCUAAAGAUUGAGCUGCAGCUGGAGAUCGCCCUGCUGCAGGGAGAGCUGCAUACAGAGAAGAACCAGCUACACAAAUGCACACAGAAGCUGAAGGCUCUACAGCAGGAGGCCAGACAAAGGGAGAAGCACAGACACACCGACAGACAAAAGGAGCGAGAGAAUCUGGAGGAGGAGAGAUAUAGAGUGGGGGAGCUGAGGAGGAGUUGUGAGGAGAAGGAGAAACUUAUCCCCAGUCAGCCGGAGAGCCAGAGGGAACAGCUAACACUGCAGCUGCAGCAGGAGAAAGAAGUGAUGGAAGCAGCAGCUCGGGCCUUUGAGGACUGGGAGUUUCGCGUUCUGGAGCGCGAGAGCGGCAUCGACGAGGAGGACGAGAGCGUGGUGGACAAAGAGAAGAAUGGAGAAAAAGAGAGGGAGAUGGAUAAGGACAUCUCAUGUCAGCAGCAUGCGGUCAACACAGCACAGGAGAGAGUCCAGCAGUUAGAAAAACAGCUGAAGGAGAUGGAGAGGGAGAAGGAGAGGGAGCUGACCGCCUUGAGGAAAGAGAAGAGAGAACUUGUACAUACUCAGUAUCAAACGGUUGUCAAAGAGAAGAAGCCGCUCACAGAUUGGUCAAACAUCACCAGCUCAGCCCCCUGCAUGAUGUCCCUUUCCCCUCUGACCGUUCACAAGCCUCCUCAGGAACCAUGCAAAGAAUCCGCCAGUUUGCCCAGAAGACGGAGCUCACAUCGCAACAACAAACAUGACAGGCCGCUCUCAGCACAGGGGUUGGUGAGGACAGUUCCAGACAGCCAGACCCCAGAGGCUUUCACUUCCCCCCUCCCCUCCCAUAGACUAAGCAACGGCCACAGUAGCAGGCACAGACCUGGGACCAACAACAGUGGCGGGCUCCUCACUCCAUGCAACAGUGCAACAAGCUCUCGUGCUGCCAGCCCGUGCCUGUUGGAUCUUGUGGAGAUUGAGAAGAAACUGAGGGAAGCCAAGGCAGAGAAAGAAAGGCUGCUCCGAGAGAGGGAAGAGCGACGGAAGUUGUUGUUGGAGGAGAGAAGACAGAGAGAGCUCAACUCUCCCAGAACAGAACCAGAGUCAGAGAGUCCACACAAGCCGGAGCCAGAACCAGAACCACAGGAACAACCAAAGGCCAGUUCUCCCCCAAACUCCCCUCAGCAGCGCAGCCUACCCCUCUUCCUCUCUCCGAACUUUGACCUCCGGGCCCACGUGGAGUCUCUGGGUCACGGGUUGACUGGUUGCACGGACCUGCGGCUGACGCCUCGACGCUGUGCAGGCUUCCUGACCAAACGAGGGGGAAGGGUCAAGACCUGGAAGAAGAGAUGGUUCCUGUUUGACAUGGAUCACAGACGGCUAGCCUACUAUACAGAUUGUGAUGAAAGGAAGCUAAAGGGAGUCAUCUACUUCCAGGCCAUAGAAGAAGUUUACUACGAUCAUCUACGAACAGCCACUUCUUCUCCACGGCCCAGUCUGACAUUCUGUGUGAAGACGUAUGAUCGUCUUUUCUUCCUGGUGGCUACCAAUGCAGUAUCUAUGAGGAUUUGGAUGGAUGUCAUCGUCACAGCAACAGAUGAGCACAGCCGUUAUUGACUUCUCAUGUGUGACUGUAAAACCCUCAAGUGACGCUACUGAGGAGGCAAUAAAUGCACUGAGUCAUUUUUCUGCCCUCACUCAGGGGCUUUUUAUUUGGCUGAGAUCCACCUCAGGGGCUCAUUUUGUACCUGGAUUCAUGAAUCUGUGGAUAGUGUUUGUGAGUCACAGAGGUGCCGAACAGAUGUUCUCGAACACAGUGGAGGAAACUGUUACUGAAAGACCGAUGCUUCAGUGGUUGUAGAGAUUCACCACUGGUUGAACCAGCUGCAAACCCACAUGCAGCUUUACACGCCAUCCUGCUGCUACUGGGAGGUUUUACUCUUUGAGCUUGAGCUCCCCCUGCUGGUCACAGUCCAGCAUUACAGGACUAGUAUACACUAUUACAACCUACUACAACAGGGAUAGCAGCACCCAUACAAUAUAAAGCAGUCCGGUAUAACAGCCCAGCAAUAAGUAUGUAUUUCUCAGACUGUCAGAGAGGUAUUAAUGAACCUCUGUGCUAAUUUUUUGAGCUGCAUUUUGCAUCAGAUUGUUUUAUAUUGUCAGGUGUUCCCACUAAUGUCUGCAUCCUGCAUCUUUAUUUUCAGGAAAGACAGAUUGUACUUGUAAUUUUUCAGGAAUUAAGUUAUUUGGAAAUUUAUAUGGGUUUGAUGUGCAAAUAAAUGAAGGUAUACACUGUUAUGAAUGCACUAUUAAAUGUUUAUUCAUAAAAAAUGGACUUUA